CCGCAGGCCUCGCCUCCCGCCCGCCCCCGCCAUCUUAAGCCGCUAGGCGCUGGCAGGGGGCGAGUGCGGGGCGGGGACAGCGGCGGGAUGGCCGGCUGGACGUGGCUGCUGCGCGCCCCCACCGCCACCGAGCUGCUGCUGGCGGCCGUGUGCUGGCUGGGCUGCUACUGGCUGCUGCGGCGGCCGCGGGCGCUGCCGGGGCUGCCGCCGGGCCCGGCGCCCUGGCCGCUGGUGGGGAACUUCGGCUUCGCGCUGCUGCCGCCGCCGCUGCGGCGGAGGUGGGCGGUGCAGGUGCGGGGCGGCGGCCGCGGCCACCUCGCCUUCUCCCCGCACGUCUUCCUCACCCGCCUCACCAAGAUGUACGGCGGCGUCUUCCGGCUCUUCGUGGGCAGCCGCCCCUUCAUCGUCCUCAACACGUUCGGGGCGGUGCGGGAGGCGCUGGUGCAGAAGGCGGAGGUGUUCAGCGACCGGCCCUCCGUCCCCAUCGUCCUCAUGAUCACCCGCAAGAAGGGUGUUAUUUUUGCACCUUAUGGCCCUGUCUGGAAGCAACAGAGGAAAUUCUCUCUCUCAACACUGCGUCAUUUUGGAGUAGGAAGACACAGCUUAGAGCCUAAAAUCAUUGAGGAGCUGAAGUACAUAAAGGAGGAAAUGCUGAAGCACGGAAAGGAUUCAUUUAAUCCCUUUCCGAUCAUUCGCAACGCGGUGUCCAACGUUAUCUGUUCCAUGGCGUUCGGUAAGCGUUUUGGCUACCAAGAUGUUGAGUUCAAGACAAUGCUGAAGAACAUGGCCCGUGCACUAGAGCUCAGCGUGAACAGCUACAUGAUCCUGGUCAAUAUUUGCCCUUGGCUGUACUACCUUCCCUUUGGGCCUUUCCGGGAACUUAGGAAAACAGAAUUAGAUAUGACCGCUUUUCUGAAGAAAAUAAUUGCACAGCACAGGGAUACGCUGGAUGUGGCAAAUCCCAGGGACUUCAUUGAUAUGUACUUGAUCCAUGCAGAAGAAGAGAAGAACAACAAGGAGAGCAGUUUUAAUGAGGACUACCUGUUUUUUAUCAUUGGUGACCUCUUCAUCGCAGGCACAGACACGACUUCCAACACAAUACUGUGGUGCCUGCUCUACAUGUCUCUCUACCCAGAAGUACAAGAGAAGGUUCAUGCAGAAGUUGAAGCGGUUCUAGGACGUGACAAAGUUCCCUCUCUUGCCCACAAGGCUCAAAUGCCCUUCACAGAGGCAACCAUCAUGGAAGUGCAGAGGAUGACUGCGGUCGUUCCCCUUUCUAUUCCUCGAAUGGCCUCAGAAAAUGCUGUUUUGCAGGGAUAUACUAUCCCUAAGGGCAGCGUGAUCGUGCCCAACUUGUGGUCAGUACACAGAGAUCCUAACAUUUGGGAGAAACCCGAUGAAUUUCAACCAUCAAGAUUUCUGGACGAAAAUGGCCAGCUAAUUAAGAAAGAGGCAUUCAUUCCUUUUGGAAUGGGUAAACGCGUGUGUAUGGGAGAGCAGUUGGCAAAAAUGGAGCUGUUCUUAAUUUUUGCAAGUCUAAUGCAAAGUUUUACCUUUUUGUAUCCUGAAAAUGCUGCAAAACCAUCUAUGGACGGAAGGUUUGGUCUAACAUUAGCUCCGUGUCCUUUCAAUAUAAUAGCUUUGAAGAAAUAACAUCAAAAAGAUUACACAAAGAAACUGCACUUUAAAAAUCCAGCUUUGUUUCCAGCAUUCUCUUACCUUCCAGAAAAACACCAACCGUAUAGGCUUUCCUCGUUGGUGAGAAUGAUCCAUUUACACUUCUGGAAAGAGAAAACCUUUUUGUCAGCUGUUGCAUUCCACAAAUGAGCUGGCAGCAUAGUUUGCAAUUUGAUAUAAAAACUUGCUGGGCUCAAUCCCUCUGUCUAUAAGCUAUUACUGUCACUUGGUCAAAUAUUAAAUACAGGAGAAUGGUCCAAAACAUCUGUUAAUGCUUUAGCAAAUAGUAAUUGUUAUUUUGAUAAGAGCAGUACGUAAACAUUUAAUUUACCAAAUGAGUGGAGGACAUCAUUUAAUACAAAAAGGAUUAAUGGAUGACAGGGUAUUAGUAUUUUCUGUCUAAAGAAACUUCAUAACUGAGCUUAAAUAAUGACAAAUAUUUUUUGGAAAUAACUAAAUGACACUUCUUUUAACCUUGGAGGAUUCGUUCUUGCAAGUGACUCAUAGAUGUCAAUCAGAUCAAAUCAGUCUGGGGUCCUGGAUCCAAACAUUCUUGACUGUCGGGGCUCACUAUAAACAAGCAGGUACCAGCUCUGAAAACUCAGGCUUGGAGGCUACAUGAAUCCUUGAAUAUACCAUAUUCUUAACAUGAAAGGAGCGUGCGGCAUUUGGAUGCAGAUGUUUUAUCUCAGAAUAUAAAUGAGAGCAGAUUUCUCUAAGAAGAAACAGGAGUCUGUUCUGUCUGGUGCCAAACAGAUAUUCAUGGCAACAUCUGUGCUGCCGCUUUCCAUUUGCCGUUUUCCCCGUGUCUGCAGCCUGGACAGACCAACAACCUGCUCACAGGGGAAAACCACACGUGUAAUCCUCAACUUGGGGCUUUCACUCAGGUUUGUCAUGUGCAAACAGCGUGGACAGUGCCCCCACAACCUGUUUGGCUUUGGGAACUGGACUCUUACUUCAAAUAUGCCAUAUGUACAGCACUACAGAUGUAGCUCUUAAACAUUUAGGAAUGGAACGUGAGGAAUCCGACAAACUCAAGGUUUGAGUAUAAAGGCUUUCUCUUUAUGUUCCGCAUGGAGUAAAGAGAUCUGUAGUUCACACAGUACUAGUGUAUCAGUACCUUACUCUUUUCACGUGCAAAAUUUUAGUGCUUUUUAACCACUAUCAAACCAAUUCCCAAGGAAACCUGUUGCUGGGUGUUUCAGUCUUGCCUGUGAUUUGAAAGAUCUCUCAAACAUAGAAUGCGUUCUUUUGAGGGGACAUGCAACAACCCUUAAAUAAUUGUUCUUGAUCAUCCCUAAAUGUCUUUAUACACCUUUUGAUCUAGCAGAAUUUCAUAUCAGAUGAAAUAAGUUCAUAGGUACUCUUUUAAGGAAAUACUUUUUUCCCACCUCAUUGGAGAUCUGGCAAAUACUGGAAGUCCUCCUAAUGUCAGGUUUAUAACACUGGAAUGUAAAGUUGACUCUAAAGUAGAACUGAGUAUUUCUUAGCAGAAACUAAACCUAAAUAGUGAAAGAACAGUCAGUUCUUCAGCUUGAAAUGAACCUUUAUGUUAUUUGCUGACUUGAGCUUUUAAAAGCCAGAUAGUGCCUAGCAAAGACUGGAAGAUAGUUAUUUUGGAUUCAAAUUAAGGUUUUCUGUUAGCUGUUAGAGUGGCUUCAUUUCUGAAUGAUACAUUUGUUUGGUGAGGUAACCUGCUGUUUGUAUGAGAACUUCCACUUCUCAUAUAGUCUAAUUCUGGAAUGUAUAGGUUAGCUCAUGCUUGUGUUAGGUCUUUUUCCUUUGUGUGGAAUAUUUGAAAACCCCAUAGCACAACAUAAUGAUGAGUUUGGCACCAAUCCUAGUAAACUUGGACUAAAAGCUGACAGUAUUGGAGUAAUAAGCACUUAUUUCUUUAACUUCAUUUUUUCCAAUGAAUAAAUAGAUUCUGUACAGUUGGGAUUUUUCUCUGGAAAUCCUUAAAGUGGUAUAUGCUUAAUGGCAAAGCUGAAAUUAAAUGCUGAUAAUAUUUAUCUUUAUGUUGAAAUGGCUCUUUAAGCACCAUAAUGAUGUUGGUGUACAACUGAUUGCUUAUAUAAAAUACGUGUCCUUUUAAUCAACGAGGACACAUUUGAAAAGCACUUUAGUAUUUUUUUGUUUUACAGAUUCCAAAGACGCAAUUCACGUAAUUCCCUAGUAUGUGGAAUUGUACGUAUUUGUGCUUGUUUUGCCUGCUGGGUUUAGUUUAAAACGUCACCUUUAAAAACUAUCCUUCCUCAAACAGUACAUUGAGAAUGCAGGUUUUUGGUGAUACCUAUAAUCCAAUGCUGCACAGUGCAACAAGCUAAAAACACUGAUGUGAAGGUGCAACCAUGUCAGUGCCUGCCAGAAUGCAAGAUGCUGUUGGAAAUGACAAUAAAGCCCUGCCUUUCAUGCCUUCAGAUGCACUGAAAUCUUCACAGGAUGCCAUGAAAGUAGCUGAACAAUAGCAUAAAAGCAACACGAUGUUUGUGGGUUUAUAAAUGUGUUGCCAUCUUUGGUAAACUGUAAGUAAAAGUGGUAGCAGAAUCGGUUUGUAUUUGUAAAUAUAUCCCUCUCCCCUCUUUUUUUUUUAGCAUCUCAAAUGCCUUAUUGAAAAAUGUGUGUUUUAUAUAAGUGGAUGGCUAUUUCUGAUUGCUGAAAAUGUCCUUAUUUCUAAAAAUGAAUUCAGACUUUGCCUCAGUGUAAUUUUAUUUAUAAUAAAGUAAUUCCCAAGUAA